UGUUUGUUUGUUUGUUGUUUGUUUGUUUACCGUCAGUGUAAACAAGUCAAGUGAAAUUUGAAAAAAAGCUAUAACAAAUUGCUGGGCCUUGGGUUUGAAAGCUCGUUGUGUGGUAGCAGAAGAGACAUUGAUCAUUUUGAUUUAUUUUAUCUUAAUUAUUUAAUCCUUUUUAUUUUCAAUAUUGAUUAUUUUUUAUUUGUUAUCAUCAAUCGAUCAUUUAGGAAUGAUCUCUAACAAAAAAAUAUCAGAAGGUAAACUGAAGCUCAUAAGUCACCUUUUUUGUAACCAAAAUCAUCUUAGUUACUAACCUGACCACCAGUUGGCAAUAGUAGAUAUUUCACGCUAUUACUGUACAAUACUAUCAAAAAAGGGUACAAUACUAUCAAAGAAUAAAACAUUUUACAUACUAUCGCCCACUGGUGGUCAGGUUAGUAACUAAGAUGAAUCUGGUUAGAAAAAGGGGGAUUUUUAGAGCUUCUAUAUACUUCUGAUAUUCUUUGGGCAAACUUUAUUAACGUUCGUACCGAUAAUCAAAUAUAAUUGAACCGAUCUACAACAUGUUACCACUCGUUGACGUUUUACGGAAAUAAAUAAUGUCACGUCGUUACAUUGAACAGCCCACCACCACCACCAAUACCUUUACCACCUCCAACAACACUCUGAUAUGAUUUUGAGUAAAGCAUGCUACCAGUGAUGAAAAGAAAGCCAAUCGAACACGUCGUUUUCUCGUUGGUUUUACUUCUUUUAUAAUCAACCGAUUUAUCGCGAACAUAAUUACGGACACAUGAUUUAUUAUUAUUUUUCUUCUAUUUCUUCUCUUCUAUUUCUUCAUAGGAAAAAAGAAAAAAAGUGGUAGAGGAGGUAGAAAGGGUAAGAAACAAGAAUCGAAGAAAAUAAUCGACGAGUAUCAACUUCGUCGCGAUUUAAGAGCGGGAACGGAAAGGGAAGAUUCUUUAAACAUGGAGGAUGCAACGAAUUUUUUAAUUGAAGACACAAAAUUAGCCGAAAUUCCAUCGGAAAUUAGAAUCGGUGGUUUAGAGGGAGGAGGUACACAUUCCACCUUUGUAAUAAUCAAUCAAAAUGGAGAAAAAUUGAUAGAAGUUAAAGGCCCCGACACCAAUCAUUGGAUUUUAGGAAUGAAAGAAACUGCAGCUAGGAUUAAUUCUAUGAUAGAACGUGGAAAAGAAUUAUUGAACAUACCUAAAACUAUUCCUUUGAAUUGCGUGGGUCUAAGUUUGAGUGGUUGUGAGGAAGAAACAACAAAUCGUUUACUCAUUGAUACACUUCUUGAGGAUUAUCCAGAUGCUGCUAAAGAUUAUUGUGUUAGUUCAGAUACAUUGGGUAGUCUUAGAACUGGUUUAGAAAUUGGUGGGAUUGUAUUGAUAGCUGGAACAGGAAGCAAUGCUUUACUCAUCAAUCCAGAUGGUAAAACUCAUGGAUGUGGUGGUUGGGGUUAUAUGAUAGGAGAUGAAGGCAGUGCAUAUUGGAUAGCACACCGAGCUUGCAAAUACGUUUUUGAUGACAUGGAUGACCUAGUUAAGUCACCUUAUCCAAUAUCUUAUGUCUGGCCAGCUAUGAGAGAUUUUUUCAAAGUAACAGACAGAGCUGGCAUGUUACAACAUUUGUAUUCGAACUUUGACAAAAGUAAAUUUGCCAUGUUUGCCAAAGAAAUAGCUGUUGGUUGUGAUAGAGAUGAUUCUCUUUGUCUUUCGAUAUUUGAAGAAAAUGGCCGAUUACUUGCACGUCAUAUUGUUGCACUUUUCAAGAAAGCUCAUAACGAUCUUAAAUUAAGUGAUGGUGGUCUUAAAGUGAUAUGCGUUGGAUCUGUAUGGAAAUCAUGGAAAUACAUGAAAGAUGGUUUCAUUGAUGAGAUUCAUAGUGGCUUGGUCAUAGAUGAAUUUAGUCUUCUCAAUUUAACAGUCACUUCAGCAUUGGGAUCAUCCUAUUUAGCUGCUGAACAAAUUAAUUGCCCAUUUGUUAAACCUUAUAAUGAAAAUGUGCAAGUAUUUUUCCAUUACAAACGUGAUCAUUAUGGUAAAAUAGGAAAUAUCGAUAAUACCAUUAAUAAAUCAAGUAGGACUAUGGAUACCUUAGGUUACGUUGAGUGUGAUAAAAAAUGAUCAAAGAUGAUAAUAGUACGUGCAAAUAAUGAAAUAUUUAUUAAAUAAUAUUAGAAUAUUUAAUGUGUUCCUGCCUGACAGAAAAAAAAAAAAAAAAGAAAACAAAAUGCAUCCUGGAAGAGACUGUAACAUUGAUACGAAUUAUUAAUAACAAUUCUCUGUUAAACAAUUUCUUUUAGAUUUGUUUUUCAAAAAUGCAAA